AUGCUGAAAUUGUAUCUGCUGCAGGUGCAGGACUUGAGUUACUCGACCACCGCGUGGCAGACGGUCGGUAGCAAGUCUCAUUUCGGUGCAGGGCUUGCCUUCAACGCUGUCCCCUGCGGGAGGUACGCUGUGCGGGUCCUUGUCGACACAACGAACGGCUCCGCGGACCCUGUCUACAACCUCGACAUCCGGCACACUGAGGUGCAGGCUGCCUGUCCCACUUUAGAAUCCACUACAUUACCAGGAGCUUCUACAUCCCCAUCACCAGGAGCCUCUACAUCCCCAUCACCAGGAGCCUCUACAUCCCCAUCACCAGGAGCCUCUCCAUCACUAUCACAUGCAGGACCGCUCAACAUCGUCAUUGCCAUCAUUGUCGUGGUGGUGCUGGUUGUCGUGGUUGUCGCGUUGUUGGGGACUUGCUGGCUGCGGCGCAGGAUGCAGCGGCGCAGGGUGCAGCGGCGUUUACAGAACCCCGUCACCGUGCCGCUCACACAUGGCGACCUUCAAGAAAUGGAAACGAUCCGAAAAAAUGUUGAAGGAUGCUGGGAGCUUGGCCCGAAGUACUUCCGGAAAAUAUUAGACAUUGAAUGCAGAAUUGAUUUCCGCCUUGUUUAUAUAAGAUGCUUCUAUAGUCCCGCGGCGUUCCAGCGAUCAAUCGUUCGCCACUUCAGCGACUUUAGCGUCUUCGGCGUCUUCAGCUUUAAGUGUUACCCCCAAGCCCGACAAGCCAUCGCCCGUCAGUCGGUGCCGCGGGAGUGA